UUGGAGCCGCCGCUACCGCCGCCGCAGACCCAGAGCGCUGGAAGCUCGUUGGCGGUCGGCAGCUCGCGCUCGCGUCCGCCUCGAAGCCGGCCACAAAGGGAGCUCCCCGGUCCGUGCCGCAGCCCUGCCGGUUGAGCGGGAGGCGCUCUGGGCUCCGCGCCCCAGCCCGGAACUUCUCCGCCCUCCCCCCUUGCCGGGGGUCUGGACCCGUAGCGGCGGGGGCGCGCCUCCGGCCGCGGGGCUCUCUGCCGGGGUUCGAGCCGCGCGGAAUCGCGACGGUGGGCGCCGCUGGUUUGGGCCGGGAAAUAAUGAAAAAAGUCUGCCAAGGCUCUUGAUCAGAGAACUGGAAUUUGAGAAGAAGUCACUAACUAAGCUCAUGUUUUCUCCUGAUCAAGAAAAUCAUCCAUCUAAAACACCAGUAAAAUAUGGUGAACUGAUUGUAUUAGGGUAUAAUGGCUCUCUGCCAAAUGGAGAUCGAGGAAGAAGGAAAAGUAGGUUUGCUUUAUUUAAAAGACCCAAGGCAAAUGGGGUGAAACCCAGCACCGUGCAUAUUGCCUGCACUCCUCAAGCAGCAAAGGCAAUAAGCAACAAGGACCAACAUAGCAUAUCGUAUACCUUGUCUCGGGCCCAGACGGUGGUGGUUGAAUAUACACAUGACAGCAACACUGAUAUGUUUCAGAUUGGCCGGUCAACAGAAAGCCCUAUAGACUUCGUAGUGACAGAUACUGUUCCUGGAAGUCAGAGUAAUUCAGAUACACAGUCCGUACAGAGCACUAUAUCAAGGUUUGCUUGCAGAAUCAUAUGUGAACGGAACCCUCCUUUUACAGCAAGAAUAUACGCUGCGGGAUUUGACUCAUCGAAAAACAUCUUUCUUGGGGAAAAAGCUGCCAAGUGGAAGACAUCCGAUGGACAGAUGGAUGGGUUAACCACAAAUGGAGUUCUUGUUAUGCAUCCGCGCAAUGGAUUUACUGAAGACUCCAAACCAGGGGUAUGGAGGGAGAUAUCUGUGUGUGGAAAUGUGUUCAGUCUCCGUGAAACCAGAUCAGCUCAGCAGAGGGGAAAAAUGGUUGAGAAUGAAACCAACCAACUCCAAGAUGGCUCAUUAAUCGAUCUGUGUGGAGCAACGAUGCUGUGGCGAACUGCCGAAGGCCUUUCACGCACUCCUACGGUGAAGCACUUGGAAGCUCUAAGACAAGAAAUAAAUGCCGCCAGGCCUCAGUGCCCUGUAGGGUUUAACACAUUAGCAUUUCCUAGUAUGAAGAAGAAAGAUGUUGUAGAUGAAAAGCAACCGUGGGUGUAUCUGAACUGUGGCCACGUACACGGCUAUCACAACUGGGGAAACAAAGAGGAAAGAGAUGGGAAGGAUAGAGAAUGUCCCAUGUGCCGCUCUAUUGGCCCCUAUGUGCCUCUGUGGCUUGGAUGUGAAGCUGGAUUUUAUGUAGAUGCAGGACCUCCAACUCAUGCGUUCAGCCCAUGUGGACAUGUGUGCUCAGAAAAAACAACUGCAUAUUGGUCCCAAAUUCCUCUUCCUCAUGGUACUCACACUUUUCAUGCAGCCUGUCCGUUCUGUGCACAUCAGCUGGCUGGCGAACAGGGUUACAUCAGACUUAUUUUCCAAGGACCUCUUGACUAAUACGCGUGUCUCUCAGGACUUCAUUAAAUUUAUAAGCUAAGCAAUUCUGAUUUUAAACAAACUGUCUAUUUCAUAUUCUCUGGGUUUUGACAGUUUGCAUUAAAAUGAAGAUUUUUUUUUGUUUUGUUAUAGCAGCUAAAUCCCUUUCUAGAUGAGGAAAAGCCUGGAAACAACGAGAUUAUGGGGAGGAAAGGGAAAGUUCCUGACUUUGUUUAAUGUCUACUUUUGGAGAAGGGGAGGGAAUUUAUGCAUAGCGAAAUUCAAUGCCUUCAAUUUAAUGUUUUUGAAUGACAUGUCCUUGGUGUGUUAAAAGUUGCUUUUUUGGGGGGGGCGGUGUAUAACUGUGGGUAAAUGUGGUCAGUUCAAAGGACAUUAGUUUACAGCUUGGAUGCAAACAUUGUAAAAUAUAGCAACAUGUAUAUUAACUUUUUCUAUUUAUCUUUAUUAUUGAAAUUAUCUUAUGGCAUUUUGAUAGAGGAGGAGCAUGGUAGUAGUGUGUGAAAUCCAUUGACUGGAUGCAUAGAAUAGUCCUUGAUGGAGGAAGGUUAGAAGAAAACUGUAGAAGUACCUUUUUAAAAUCUAGAGUACUAUUGAGUUCUUAGAGUAGCCGAAUGCUUUUUAAACAAAAUUAAUGCAAAUUACAUUGGUGUAAAAAUAUGCUUUAAACUCACAAAAGAUAAUUAUGAUGGACUUUUUAAAAUGUCUGUCCAUUGGGUAGGACUAUAAUAAAAGAACUGGUCACAGGAAAACAUUUACCUGAUUCUUUGAAUAUGCAAUUUUAAACUAGGUUAAGGAUUUUUCUCCUUCUGUUAACUAAUCUUUUAUUUACCAUUAGCAAUGUUUGAGGUUUUUAUUUAUUUAAACAACAAAAAACGAACAGCCAAGACUCAACUGUUCUUCACUGUUAGAAAAAAGCCAUGAAUUAGCCAGAAAGCUGUGUUCAAUUUAAAGAAAAUUAUUCAUUCUGCUUUUAGUCUAAUCCCUUAAUUUGUAUGCAGGGUGGGUAGAUGGCACACUGGCUUCAUACACUUUGCCUUUCAGCUCCACAGAGCUGGGUACAAAUAUGUAUUUAGGUGACAAUUGAAGACAUUGCAGCCUUGGAGCUAAGAUGUUUGUCCACAUCCCCAAACCAUCAUGUAAACUGGCACAAUUGGCAGUCUGUGCUCAGGAAGAGCUCCAGUUGAGAUUGAGUUGUAUUCAUGGCGCUUGAGGUGGAGGAAGCUUGCAGAAAAGUUACUCACACCAUGGCUGAUUAAGUCUGUUUUUAGUCUCACUUUCAAUAUCCCUCCCUCAAAAUGCUCCUCUUUCUUUGCCCCUCCACCUUCCCCGCCACCACCACCAAUCCCUUACCAGAAAAGGCCAGUGCAUUACAUGGAAUUUGAGGCUAAUCCACCAUGCUUUGUGACAAACAUUCAAAUAAUCCUUUUAGGAUUGAGGUAAGCUUUUUUUUAAACUAGCUUUUUAAACUGGUUUCUCUACUUUGGAUUGGAAAUAUGUACGGUAUAAACUGAUAGUAGCAAAUUCCCGUACUCUGUAGCAUAGCUUUAAUUUAUCCUAUCACAAAGCUGUUCUGAACUUUCCUUGAUAAAAACAAACUGAAUUGUGUUUAGAAGUCAUGAAUUAUUUUCUGUCAAGAAUUCUUUCUCCAUUUUAAAAAGAUACGUAUAUAUAUUGUUUGGUUCACUCAGGAAAUGUAUGUGUCAGGAAACCUGUAUUAUAAGUUCAAGUAGCUGUCAUGUAUAAGUAACUGCUGUUACACCAUUUCAAAGAAAUAUAAUUGAUUUUGACAUUUUUCCGGUUUCAUGCAUUAAGUAAUGAGACUUAUGCAACAAGGAAUCCCUGUAUUGUAGUUCUAAUCAUUUAUAUUCAGACUAUAUAUACUGUAGUUCAAUUUUUAUUUUCAAAUUAAUUUAUUCAAACUAUGUGAGUAAACACUUUUCAAAAAUAGAAAUUACAGAGUUGCCUGUUGCUCUGUUGCAUUUGUUUCUGCUCAUAUGGAAAAGAUUUAACAAAGAUGGAAAGGUUACGGUACUUUUAAAAAUGACUGUUCAGAAAAUAUCUCCUUCACUUUAAGCAUGUUAGUUUCACUUGUAUUGAGAGCAGAGAAAUCUGAUGAGAUGACCAUCAGGGGUUUGAGAUUUGGCAUGUUCAUGGCUUGACUAGCACCUCCCUCCCUCCCUCCACGUGGAGGGGAUCUCCCUCCAAAUUUUGGCAAGGAUGAGAAAGAGUGAUGAUUACUCGCCAUCUUCCCUCCUUGGCACUUCAUUCAGAGGAGGACAAUAUGGGCGGUACAGCUCUGCACUGCACCCAGACUCCAAAGUGGAAAUCCAGGCAGAGGUAAAAAGGCAUACCUCCCUCUGCAUCUCCUUGGGCAUAUCUGACUGCUACCUCCAAUGUGGUCUGAGUAAAAAGUAAAAGCCUAAUUACAGCAAAACCAGCUUUUAAAAUAAAACUGACAGGUUCUUCUGCCCCCUGGGGCACCAGCCUGGGCUCCCUUAUACUGUCCUGCUGAGCCAGGCCCUCAAGCCUCCUCCAGCACACACACACAGGUAGGGACACACCCAGCUUCAGAACAGAAAGACAGACACUGAAAUCAGCUCUGCAUGGAAAGGUGUCAGCUAAGGAACUGCCCAGAUACUCCCAGUGCACACACCCCCUAGGAGUGCAAACCCAAAACUGCAGUCUUGCACGUUGUUUUCCAGUGGUGUUGUCUCUUCCUCUUCCCUUAUCCCCACCCCUUCCCCCCGGGCCUGUGGAAGAAUACUGGUAUUCUAUCAUGGAGUCCAGUACCAGGUGACAUGAUCACAAGACCCUGCAGUGUCAAAGCAGCCAUGUAUCAAAGGCCAUUUGUAGUAUCCCAGGAAGGUGGGAGAUUAGCAUCUUCAAAGACCUAUUGUUCUCCCUAAUGGUCCAUUGACUGGUCCCCAUCUAGUCAGUCUAACCAGCCAGACUGAUUGCAUUCUGUCUGGUGGGCGUUCCCCAGGUGCAAACGCUUUUGUGGUACAGAUGUAUAGUCAAUAUUCCUAACUUUAGAUACAGAAAUCAUGUAUGCAUACAAAUAGGAUAAUCAUAUUCAGCAGAUCAUAACCAUUCCAAUGAUAUCUCUCAUGCCUUAUCGUGCACAAAACAUCAUAGUUUUGCUAUAAUCAUAUAAUAUUUCUAUGAAGAAUAUGGGGUGUAGCGUCACAACAACAAAACUUUCAUUUUCCACGUAAUCAAUAAGGAUGAUUGUUCCCUCUAGUCCUGAUUCUGGUGCUGGCAGUGAGGAUAUGAAAAUCUGAGAAGGAAACUAUUGAAAAAAUUUAAAGAAGUUUGCCAUUAAAUCACUUUGUAUAGGUACCUUUUUCAAAAUCAUUCCAAACUAUAAAGGGAGCUGAGGGUGACAUGUUCACCUUUGGUGACUACACUUGCAGUGUGGAGGAUACACGUAGCUACACACUGCAGUGGAAAGCAGGCUGUAUCCACACUGGUAUGUAGCCACACGGGGCAGUGAGAGGCUCUGGCAGGGGGAGGAGGUGGGGAAAGGCUCCUGCAGCUCUCAGCAGCUGGGAAAGGCUCCCGCCGUGGGACACUACACUGCUAAAUAUAGCAGUGUGGACAAGGGAGGCACUGUUUGGAUUCAUAGAGCGCCCUGUAGGGUGUGUACCCUAUGGUUCUGGCAUGUCUUUACUUGCCUGAGCAGUGCCUCACCACCUAUGCUGCCGUUUAUACCUCUGCUAGCUAAGUGUGCAGUGUGUGUACUCUACAUGCUGCCGUAAGUGUCAGCAUAGUCUUUGUGUUUUGUGGGAGAGAAGCUGGCAGUAGGGGCGUUCACGAUUACAGUAGCGCUUCCAUAUGCAAUGGACUUUAAUGUGUUUUGUUUGUUGCCCUGAAUGUUACACAUUGGCAGCAGCUUAGUUAUGCUUAUAGCUUUAAGAAGAUCACAUUUUUAUCCACGCUGCUCUUCUGGUGUUGGGAGAAAACACUUCUGAAUGAGGAUGAGAACUGCAGCUUGGGUAGAACAAACUCUUGCUGUGCAGCCUUAUAUUAAAUCUAUCGGAGACCCUGCGACAGGUUGCAUGCUGUCUUUCCAACCUCCGAGAGUGUGUUGGCUUUUGCCACUCCUGUUCAUGUGAGCAGGCAACGUGUUGACAUGUGUCCUGUUCUCUAACUGCAGGAUUCUUGUAUGCUUAAGAACAAUGAAGCAGAUGACACAGUGCCCUAAAUCUCAUGCCUGUGAACCAAAACCUAUUUGGUUGCUCUAGUUUUAGAUGGAGCAGUCUUGACUGGUCUCUCUUUAGAGUCCUUUCAGAGGGCUUUACAUUGUCCUUUGAAACCAAUUUCUUAAGGUUUCACGUGCUGUGUAAUCAAAUUGUAAAAUGAAUGUGGAAUUGGGCCCAAUCCAUUGGGGGUAAAAUUUUCAAAAGUGCCUAAGUGACUUAGGAUCCUUCAAAAUGCAUAUAGGCACCAAGGCCCAUUGACUUGAAAUGAGAUUUAUGUUCUGAAGUCACGUGGGCACUUUUCAAAACUUUACCCCCUGGAACCUUGGUUCUUAACACAAUCGGUUUGGAGGCAAGGGAAUGUAUUUGUUAGUAACAGCCAAUGGAGUGUUGUCAUUAAGGGUAUGUCUACACCACAAUUAAAAACAGUCAGCUGACCCGUCCCAGCUAAGGGGCUGUUUAACUGUGAUGUUGACACUCUGGCUCAGGAUGGAGCCAGGGCUCUAGGACCCUACAAAGUGGGAGGGUCCCAGAGCUCUGCCCAAACAUCUGCACUGUAAUUAAACAGCCUCUUAGCCCAUGCCCUGCAAGUCCAAGUCAGCUGGCAUGGGCCAGCUGCAGAUUUUUAACAGUGAAGACAUACACUUAGUUUCAUUUUUGGUGUUGUGUCCCUAAACCAAUCCCUGUUGCCCAUGAUAGCCAGGCACAAAUUGUGUGUGGGGGUCAGCAGCUCUGAACCUUUUCAGACUACUGCACCCCUUUCAGGAGUCUGAUUUGUCUUGGGUAACACCCACCACUUCACCUCACUUAAAAACUACACGCUUACAAAAUCAGACAUACAAGUACAAGAGAGUCACCGCUCACUAUUACUGACAAAUUGCUUUUCUCAUUUUUCCAUACAAUUAUAAAAUUGAUUGGAAUACAAAUAUUGUACUUAUAUUUCAGUGUCUAGUACAUAGAGCAAUAGAACACGUCGUAUUAAAAUUGUACUGACUUUGCUAGUGCUUUUUAUGUAGUCUGUUGUAAUACUAGGCAAAUAACUAGAUGAGUUGAGAACCACUGGUGUAGGUGUUUUCUAGUGCAUACUUCUAAAGGCUAGCACAAGUGGAAAGAAGCAUUGAAAAGGCAAACCAUCACCCCGAUGGUGCGCCCCAAAUCUGCUGUUUUUAUAAGGAGUUGGACGCUAUCCUAGGUGGUGACCCCACCUCCACUGAAAAGAGCACCGUGGAUACUUUGGCGGGUCUGGAGCCAGUGGAAAGUGGACCUAACCCAGAGGAGGAAGUCAUUGAUGAAGAUGUGAGGCUGAAGAAAAUGCGGAGCCCUGUGACACAUCCAGUCAGGAGCUGUUCUCUACUCCAGAGGUGUUUAGCCAGUCUCUGCAAUCGCUCUCUGGUGAGCCAGAAGCAGGAGAGGAGACCCCCAACUUCACCUUGAGAACCAACCCCUCAACAGCAGCAGAGCAUCUGCGCAAGAUAAGAAAACAGCUAAGGUGGACCAAGGAAGAUAAAUUCUGGGUGGUGGUGCAGCGGUCAGAGGUAGAAAACGCUGAAUGCAAAGCGAAAAGCAGGAAAGAGAAGGAUUCUUACAACAGGGAUGCCACAGAGAGGCUGAUUAAAGUUCUAGAGCAUCAAACCAACAUGCUCCAGACUCUCAUAACACUGCAGACUGAGCAGAUGCAUACCCGCCUUCCCCUUCAGCACAUUCCCUCCCCAAACGCCCCGUGCGCAUUCCUUUCCACCUUCUGGCACUUUGCACUUUUCUCUACAGUCCACCCCCACAGACAGCUUUUCAAAUGAAAGCUGGACCUAUAUUCAACUAUGAAAAUCAGCUCUCCCUCUCCCCACCCCCUGUACCUUCUCCCCCACCAACUGUGUGUUUUUCUGUGUGGUGUUGUGGUUUAUUUGGCAAUAAAAGCAAAGGUUUUUUUUAAA